GUAGGGAAAGCUGUGAUUCCAUUAUAUUAAAUGCAGCCAAUGAGCUAGAAUAGGAAGUGCUGAUGGCUGACAGGGCAUUCUGGGAGUUGUAGUUUAAUGCAGGUGGGAUUAUAUAUAUAUAUAUAGUGGCCCCCACGCAGGGAAAUGAGCCAUAAGCGAGUCCCUGGGGGCCACGGGGGGCAAAGCUUGGGGGAAUUGGGGAGGCACUUGGCAGCGGCAGUUGCAGGAGAAUAAUAUUUACAUUUGGGAAUAGAGAGGAAAUAUUUCUCUGCUUUUAUUCCCCACGUAGAAUCCUGCCGGUACCAGCGCAGCAAUAAUAACAUCUGCCCCCGCCCAUGUGUGGCCCCUCUCCCCGGGCACACGUAGCCCAGAUUCCUCUACCCACAGGGGGAUAUCUGCCCGCGGGGCCCUGGGAGUUACUGCUCCUCCUUGCUCCCCGCCCGCUAAUCCCCUCCGCUCCUCGGCUGCUCGACUACAUUAUUCCCAGCCCGGCUCCCACAAGGAUCUGCCCCAUUCCCUAUAUAUUCCCAGCCUGGGAACUUGGCGCGGGCAGGGUGGCAGCUCAUUCCCAGCCAAUUGCACCAGGGCAGGACUGGCAGACUCUGCCCCUCACAGCAGAGAUUGGGCCGAGGGACCCAGAGCCGCCGGCGCCGACAGAACCACCCGGGAGGCACCUAUGUGGAACCGGGACCCGCGGGAGGCAAUAGACUAUGAGACUUCCCUGAAACUGGACAUUCCCCUUACUGGACGGAGACCAUGUGCGUAUUUAAUGCUUCCAACUACAGCAACAGUUUCAUCCUCACCGGGAUCCCUCACCUGCAAGAUCAGUUCUGGGUGGGGUUCCCCCUGCUCCUUAUGUACCUCGUGGCCAUAGUAGGGAACUGUAUCAUCAUUUACAUCAUUAAGGUGGAGGAGGACCUCUGCGAGCCCAUGUAUAAAUUCCUCUGCAUGCUCUCUGUCGUUGAUCUGCUCUUGGCCAACACCACCAUGCCCAGAAUGCUGGGGAUCUUCUGGUUUGACUCUACUGAGAUCUUCUUUGAUUCAUGCCUGCUUCAGAUGUUUUUCAUCCAUUUCCUAUCGGCGCUGGAGUCUGGGAUCCUAAUGGCCAUGGCUGUGGACCGUUACGUGGCCAUCUGUCACCCCCUUAGAUACUCUUCCGUUCUCACUGAGUCAACACUCAUCAAAAUCAGCCUUACUAUUCUACUCAGGGGAGCUCUGUUCAUGAUCCCUAUCCCCCUACUCAUCAAGAGACUACCCUUCUGCCAAAAGAAUGUUCUGACCCAUUCCUACUGCUUGCACCAGGAGAUCAUGAAUAUGACUUCCGCAGAUAAUAAGGUCAAUGUGGUUUAUGGACUGUUUAUUAUCCUGUUCAUCAUGGGAAUGGACUCCAUCUUCAUCGCCUUGUCCUACUUGUUGAUCAUCAGAGCGGUGGUUGACCUGGUGGAAGAGGCCAGUCUGAAGGCCUUCAGCACUUGUGCAGCCCAUAUAUGUGCAGUCCUAAUGUACUAUAUCCCUCUCAUUGGCCUCUCAGUGGUGCACAGGUUUGGGAUCAACGAGGAGUUCCCAAACUUACAUAUUUUCUUUGGUAACGUCUACCUCUUGGUGCCUCCUGUCAUAAACCCCAUUGUUUAUGGGAUCAAAACCAAGGAAAUCCGCUCUAGAUUGAGAAAAAUAUUCUGCAGCAAGAGACACUGGAUCAAAACCAGUGGGGACCUGUAAUGGGCAAGAUAAAAACAAUAGCUAGUGUUGGGAUCCUAUUUGUUGGAUAUUUGUUCAGUGAAGGUUGGACAGUGACCUCUAAAGAGUUAUCAGCCAAUGACACUUUCUCUUUUGGGUCUUGCAGUCUUCUUGGACUCUUAUUGAACCAAAUGACGACCAUAGGAAGUAGGUUUGACUGACUGAUUUUGCUAGAUUUGUGGUUUCUCAUCAUGUUGGUAGGACUUUAGACCUUGAUGUAGGUGGAGCAAUAAUCAGCUGAUAUCAUCUCAAGAGCAUCAGAAGACUACAGAUGCGGCCAAGCUGUCUAAUACUCAGCUGGAAAUGUUGGGACGUAUGGUGGAGAUGGAUAACAAUAAAAAUGAACGGAUAUAGAUUACGUAAAGCACUGUCCAUGAUGAUGGCCUGUGGGACACUGUGACUGCCAUUGGUUGGACAAACCACCUCAUGUGAAUAGGGGGGACCUUCUUGUUACAAGAUAAAGAUAACUGGUACCUCAACUCAUGUGAAGUCUUUUUAAUUAUUUUAUCUCCAAUGUGUCAUUGUGAACACCAUUGUUCUUAUGUGAGAUACUGUGGCUACAUCUGUGGGUAGGGAAGGGGAGGUCUCAAAACCGUAGAGGGGGACACAAAGCACGAGAUAGGGGUGAAUGACAAACUCUUGGGUUUGCCCUCCCUAUAUUCACAUAUCUGUCCCCUUGUUAUGGGAAAAUGGGACCUGACAAAAUGGGGGUGUUCCAAGUGGCUUCAACACAAACAUCUAAUGUUGGCCAAAUGAUAUUUGUGGUAUUAAUUAAAGGGAAAGUAAAUGAGCAGGAGAAGCUACAAAAAUGAAUAAAACGUAACAAGUCUGAUAA